AUGAAUCGGAGAUUGGUUUUGGCGGUGGCGGUUUUCUCUCUCUUCGCCGUUUCGAUUUCAGCGCGGCCGUUUGUUCUGGUUCUUUCUCCAGACGACGUCUUGAACAGCCCCGCCGCGCCCGACGGCGACGGAGCGGCAACCGAUCCGACGACUCAGAAUGACUCGGCCGACUGGGACGAGUUCGGCGACUCGGCGUAUCCGCAAUCCGAGGACGAGCUCGACCCGGGCUCGUGGCGGCCGAUCUUCGAACCCGACCCGCUCAAGCCGGAGCCGUACGACCAGUCGGACGAGCAGUACUACUCCACAGUGUCGAAAUUGAUCAAGUCCGUCAGCUCCGGCGACACGGCGCUGAUGGAGGAGGCGGUCUCCGAGAUCGAGGAGUCCGCUUCCCGCGGGGUUCCUCACGCGCGGUCCGUGCUGGGGUUUCUGAUUGGUAGUGGACAGAUGAGGAAGCAGAACAAGGCCAAGGCGUUCACGUAUCACUACUUCGCCGCAGACGGCGGCAAUAUGCAGUCGAAGAUGGCUCUGGCUUAUACUUACUUUAGGCAAGAUAUGUUUGAAAAAGCGGUUAAGCUUUACGCGGAGUUAGCCGAGGCAGCUGUGAAUAGCUUCUUGAUCUCCAAGGACUCUCCGGUGAUUGAGCCGGUGAGGAUCCACAAUGGAGCAGAAGAGAAUAAGGAGGCAUUGAGGAAGAGCCGAGGUGAAGAAGAUGAGGACUUUCAGAUUCUGGAGUAUCAGGCUCAGAAGGGGAAUUCUCUUGCAAUGUAUAAGAUUGGACUGUUUUACUAUUUCGGGCUGAGAGGGUUGCGCCGGGACCAUGCCAAGGCAUUGUCGUGGUUUCUCAAGUCUGUGGAUAAGGGAGAGCCUAGGGCGAUGGAGUUUCUUGGUGAGAUUUAUGCUAGAGGAGCUGGGGUGGAGAGGAAUUACACCAAGGCUCUCGAGUGGCUUUCAUUAGCAUCUAAACAAGAGCUUUAUUCGUCUUAUAAUGGGAUGGGAUAUUUGUAUGUUAAAGGUUAUGGAGUGGAGAAGAAGAACUACACUAAGGCAAAAGAGUACUUUGAGAAGGCUGCUGAGAAUCGAGACGCUGGCGGGCACUAUAACUUAGGAGUACUUUAUCUCAAAGGGAUUGGGGUAAAAAGAGAUGUGAAACUUGCAUGUCAAUACUUCAUUGCGGCUGCUAAUGCAGGUCAACCAAAGGCAUUCUACCAGCUUGCAAAGAUGUUUCAUACUGGAGUGGGGCUUAAGAAAAAUCUUCCCAGGGCCACUGUGUUAUACAAGCUAGUUGCUGAAAGGGGGCCAUGGAGUUCCUUGUCCAGAUGGGCACUGGAGUCGUACUUAAAGGGGGAUGUGGGGAAGGCAUUUUUCUUGUACUCAAGGAUGGCUGAGUUAGGCUAUGAGGUAGCACAAAGUAAUGCUGCAUGGAUUCUUGACAAGUACGGAGAAGAUAGCAUGUGCAUGGGAGAAUCUGGCUUUUGUACAGAUGCAGAAAGACAUCAGCGGGCACAUUCUUUGUGGUGGCAAGCAUCUGAGCAGGGUAAUGAACAUGCUGCUUUGCUGAUUGGGGAUGCAUAUUACUAUGGUCAGGGUACUGAAAGGGAUUAUGAACGUGCAGCAGAGGCUUACAAGCAUGCUAGGUCCCAAUCUAAUGCACAAGCCAUGUUCAACCUGGGCUACAUGCAUGAGCAUGGACAAGGAUUACCUUUGGAUCUCCAUCUAGCCAAACGUUACUAUGAUCAAGCCUUAGAGAUUGAUCCGGCAGCAAAGUUACCAGUCACACUAGCCCUUGCAAGCUUAUGGAUACGAAAGAAUUAUGCCAAUGGAUUUCUGGUCCAUUUGAUUGACUCGUUGCCUGAAGUCUAUCCAAAAUUGGAAGAGUGGAUAGAUAAUGUGUUGCUGGAGGAAGGAAAUGCAACAAUAUUGACUCUUUUUGUUUGUCUCCUCACUGUCCUAUAUCUCCGUGAGCGACAACGCAGGCAUGCUGUAGUAGUCCCUGCUGGAGUGGCUAUGCCGCCCAAUCCAAAUGAACUUGUUGCGCCUGUACCCAAUUAGUUUUUACAGUAAUGAUGCCUCACAAAUCACAUGCUUUUUUGGUUGCUCUGUGUGAACAACAAAUAUUUUCCUCUAGGAUAUAUAUGAUGUACAGGAAUCUGGCCCUCUUGAGGUCUUUCAUUUUUAGGAUUUUACCAAAGAGUUAGGAUGUAAAUGACAGCUUUCGCCUCAUUCGGAACCACGUACUUCACAUUGGAUUUGGUAGUUGCC